GAUUUGUUAUUAAUAUCCUUAUAAUUAUUUAGAAAUUUUAUACAUUAAAUAAACUAAUGUAAAUAAUAAAAAUAUUAUUUGAAUAUAUGGACCUAGACUUCUAGUAUGACUAUUUUGUAGUAGAUAAAAAUGGUACUUCUCUUUUAGUAGAGAAGAUUCAUUUUUAUUCUGUUAUGGAGUGACAAAUAUAGUUAGGGUAGAGUACUUUUUUCUCCAAACUUUGUUUUUGAGUAGAAUUAAACAGAAUUAGCCAUUAAUAUUUGACGUGUUUAUAUUAAAAAUGAAAUACUAUGUAAAUGACUAAAUGUGAAACAUAAAAUCAAUAUUUUGUAUUUUAAACAUCUAGUUGAAACAUCUUGUUUUGUAGAAUAAUUAUAAUUGAAUCAAUUUGUUUUGUAAGACUGUAAAUUGCUUAAAAUUUAGCAUUAACAGGUUAAUUACCUGUGGCCUUUUUUAAUUAUAUUGUUGAUUUUAGUUUAUAUUUAACGUAAUCCCUAAUCAAAGUGAAAACAUAAAAAUCAGAUGAAUAAUUAAAAUGGUAAGGAAAUCUCUAUAUUUGAGUUUACUAUUUACGUUCAACAACUAGUAUACCAUUCAUCACCAUAAACGUAUUCUUGGCGUCUGAGAUAGAGGAUACUUAAAACCAACCAGUAGUUGAGACAUUAAUUUCAUAUAUGCUAGGUUUCUCGAUCAAGAAUACCCCUACUCAUCUUUUUUUUUUUUUUCAACAAACUACUACUCCUCUUAUAGACUUAUAUAUUUUGUUUAAAGGCUUAUCUUAUAGAUUUAUAUUGCAUAAAACUAUACGAUCGUUAGACAUAAUUAGCAACUGUCUUACCAACCAAAACGUCAUUUAGUAGAAUGGAUAAUGAACAUGAAAAUUUAUACUAAUCUUAAGAUUCUCAAUAGUAUUAUCUAAUCCGCAUUGCAUUAAACAACUUCAUUGUCAUGUAUACAUUUAAUCUCAUUACUUGGUAGUUAGUUGUACACAAAUCACAAAGCAAGUAGUUUAGUAGUUCAUAUGUCUAUUGUAGACUUGUAGUAGUAUUAGUAAACAUUCCAAUUUCUUUCGACUUCUACAUAACCGAUAUUUUCAAACUUCUCCUUAGGUAAUAUACAAAAAUACAAUAAAACAAGUAUGAUGAAAACCGUUACCAUAAAAAUAAAGAUUUAGUAGACCAAUUGACAAAAAAGUAAUUGAUAAUAUAUCAACUUAUAUUUGUGAUUUUCAAUUUUUUUCUAAAGGUAUCUUCAACUUCAUUCUAUUUUUAUUUCAAAAUAAAGUUUAGAAUAAAAAAAUGCUAAAACCUACUUUAUUUUCCAUUCAGUAAAAAUGUAAUUUACUCCCUAAAUAGAAUAAUACAUUUUUUUUAUUAUUCUAUUUUCCGGUCCAAAAUGGAUAAGAGGUAGAAUAAAAUCUAACUCUAUUAUAAUGUUACUCAUUUAAAAAAAAUACAUUUAAGAUUUUGACUGGUAGAGCAUUAUCAGUAGCAUUAUGUUCUACAUUAUUCAAUCAACAUUUGUUAGAAUAGCAUUUAAAAAAACAUUUGUUCUACUAAAUGUUAAUGCUUUCCAAAUACUCACCGAUCAAUGCUCUCAUACGAAACUUUUAGAAAAGUAUUUGCAUUUAUAAUUUAUAAUUUAAUUGUAAAAUUUUGGUUUCUAAAAUAAUAUUUUUCAAUAUAAACAUAAUUUUAAAAUUAUCAAAUAAAAUAAAUAAAUUAUAUAUCUUUUUUAGUUUAUAUCUUAAUAUAUUUAUAGAUAUAUACAUUAGAAAUAUAUUCAUUAUAAAUAAAUAUAUUAUAUACUAUAUACUAAUUUUUAUAAUAAUUUUAAAAAUAUCAUAUUAAUACUGAUCUACCAAUCAUUCUAUUAAACAAUUUAGCAAAAACAUACAAUUUCUAAUGCAUAUUGCUUCUAUAACAUAUUGUUACUAUCUUAUCAUGUAUUCUGCCAAUCAAAGUGUUUUAAUCAAUUUCUAUAUUUUUUAUAAAUAAUACUAUAAAGUACAUUUUUCUCAAACCAAUUUAUAAUUUUUAUUCUUAAACAAAUAUUUAUAUUUAUUAGAUAUUUACUCAUUUAGAGAAAAUACAUAUUUAUAUUUUGAAUUUAAAAACUAGCAUUUUUCUAGUCAGAAACGUUCACCUGUAUCAGUAAAAAAAAAACGGUCACCUGUAAUUGUUGAAAUACAUUGAAAACCUAUUUUGAAAUGUAACUCAAGUUUUUUAACUAGAAAAAGUGUUAAUUAACUAAUAAGAAUCAAAAUUAUUACACUCGACUCGAGUUUUGUUCCGAAAAAAUUCAAAGAAACAUAAUUAGCAAAAGUACAGUGUACAUUACUCGCAGUAGUGAAGACGAAGCAGCAGCCACCUGAAAAAAAAUAAACAAUUCCAAAAAAAAACAAAGAUAAAUAAAAAAGGAAAGAAAGAGACAGAGAGAGAGAGACCCCACACAGCACACCAUCUUCAACCCUAACUCCGACCCAUUUUCUCUCUCACCGAACCGACGGAACCUUUGUCUCUCACUUCUCUCUCUCUCUCUCUCUGAGUUUUUGUUAAUGGGGAAAUACAUGAGGAAGAGCAAACUCGACGGAGAAGCAAUAUCUUUGAUGGAAGUUUCUCCAUCUUCUUCUUCUUCGUCUUCGCUUGGUGUUCUUACUCGAGCUAAGUCCUUAGCUCUCCAACGAAAGCCCUCCUCUUCCUUCUCGCUACCGACUUCUCCUUCUCCUAACCAGAAGACGACUGAUUGCGGCGGCUCGUAUCUUCAGCUCCGGAGUCGCCGGCUCCAGAAGAAGCCUCCAAUUGUUGUGAUCAAACGGAGAAAGCAGCAGCUGAGGAGGAAAGAGUCGUGCGGGCGUAACUCUAAGUCAGAUUCGGUUGCUGAGAGUGAUGGCAAAGAGAAGGUUUUAAGUGAUGAAAUCAACAACAACAAGGGUUCAAGCAGUGAAAGGAGCACAAGUGAAUCCACACCAUGCACUUUGAAUAGAGAGGCUGAGAUCAACACAAGUCUGGGAUCGUCCAAAAAGCUUAACAAUGGUAUUAGUGACAACAGCGACCAAAUAGAAGAGAACUUGUCGGGCAGUCACCGUCCAACUACACCUGAUAUGGACAGGUUUUUCUCCGGUGCUGAAGAAGAACAACAGAAGCAGUUCAUUGACAAGUACAACUUUGACCCUGUGAACGAACAACCACUACCAGGAAGGUUUGAAUGGGAGAAGGUAGAUAAUUAAUAGAGGGAGGGGGGUUAAUAGUUUAUACAUAAUUUAGUUACAUUUUCAUGCUAAUCACCAUAGGUUUGAUCUUAUUUCCAUCAUCCGUUUCUUAACUUUUUCCAACAUGUAAAGAAGUUAGGAUAAAAAAAACUCCAUGUAGCGUUUUCAAAUUGGUGUCUGUAACAUAAGUGGGCUGUAAAGGGGUUUGUGUAACACAUAACUGAUACCAACCCUUUUUAAGCCUAAAACAGAUCACCUUAGUAGUAGUAGUAGCGUUUAGGAGUCUUGCAUUCUCUUGCAACUCUGUCAUGUAACCAUUUUAAAAUCUAUCCUUUUGUGUGUAAACAUGUACUGAUCUCAACUCAAUAAAGAUUGUCUUCUUCUUGUUUUACUUCA